AUGGCAAAUAGAAAUGUUUUCCCGUGGAUUCAGCGUUUGCGCUUUCGAAAUGGCGCCAGACGCAAAAAAUCUGAUGAUGUUGAGCAGAAAGGAGAGGACCUUCCGGAGCGUCCAAAGACUCCGAACUCUCCUAAAAAUGGCAAGUCGCCAAUUGAUCUGGACUCUCCUAAACGUCAUAUCAUAUCGGCAGUUAACGGUGAAUCACCAAGACACAUCCCUAAACCUGUAGCUCAGCCGGAUUUUGAUAAAGUUAGGGAGCAGAUUAAAAACGACAUAAGAAAAGAACUUAAAAUUACAGAAGGAGCCAGAAACAUUGGGAAGUUAACAUCCAAGAAAAAAUAUCUGGCAAAUGUCAACAACUUUCUCAAAACAUCACAAAAGAAAUUAGACGAGCUUUACAAUAAGCUUCAAGAACGCAAUGCACAUAUUGUUGUGCCAGGAACUGAAGAGAUCUCAGCUGCUCCUAAAGGUGACACCAGCUCCCAGGCAGAUAACGCGAAGCUGACUGCUUUGCAGAAACAGCUAGACAUUGAGCUGAAGGUGAAACAUGGAGCAGAGAUUAUGGUCAAAGCAUAUUCAGAUGGGCGUUCCAAAAAUGUCAAACAUCUUGCUGCUGCCCAGAAAAUACUACAAGACAGCGAGAAAAAAAUAGACAGUUUGCGCAAGUUAAUUCUGGAAGAAAAGUCUAUUAUUAAAGAAGAAACAUCGUUACCAGUUCCGGAGACGGACAUUAAAACCAGUGCUCCCUCGUUAUUGGUGACGGACACACAGGAGCCAGAGUCGGCUGGCGAUAUUCUAACAUGUGAUAUGAAACCAAUUAUCCAACCGGAUGUGGAACUUGACUUAGAGGUGCCUCCUGCUCCAAGUCAAUCCUUUCUACAUAGUGAUCCGAGUCGGUUUUCAUUCCAUAUGGAGAUCCCGGAUAUACCGGAUCAGGAUUCUGGAGAUAUCCAUGAACGUAGCAUUAAUAACAGAUACAUCAUGACACCAGAUGUAAUGAGUCAGCCUAAUUGUUCCAGUCUGGAUAAUAGCGUCCCUAAACAUUCUGUGGACCUACCGCAUGACCAGUUACCUGCUUUGUGGAUUCAAGAUCAGCUUCUUCUCAAAUUGCAGGACAUACAACAUUGCUCUGUGCAAUCUGGGAAAGAUUCUGAAGAUAACCAUGAAGGUAGCAUUAAUAACAGAUACAUCAUGACACCAGAUGUAAUGAGUCAGCCUAAUUGUUCCAGUCUGGAUAAAAGCGUCCCUAAACAUUCUAUGGACCUACCGCAUGACCACUUACCUGCUAUGUGGAUUCAAGAUCAGCUUCUUCUCAAAUUGCAGGACUUCCAGCAUCGUUCUGUGCAAUCUGUGAAAGAUUCUGGAGGCAGCUAUGGACGUAGCAGUGAUAGCAUAUGCAUCAUGACACCAGAUGGAAUGAGCGAGCCUAAUUGUUCCAGUCUAGAUAAUAGUGUUUCUGAAAAAUCUGAGGACCUACCACAAGAACACUUACCUGCUGUGUGUGCUCAGGAUAGUCUUCCCCUGAGAAUGCAGGACUUCCAGCUUUGCUCUGUGCUGGGUAAAGGGCAGUUUGGGAAAGUUCUGCUGGCCGAGCACAAGGAAACAACCAAGGUGUACGCCUUGAAAUUCAUAAAGAAAGUCAAGUUAGAAUUACCACAUCAUUUCAACAACCUUCUGAGUGAGAAGCGGAUAUUCCAGACAGUGAGCAAUAGGCGGCACCCAUUCCUUGUUAACUUGUGUGGGUGUUUCCACACUCGAGAUCACGCCUGCUUCGUUAUGGAGUAUGCAGCCGGGGGCGACCUUCUCUCAUGCCUUGAUAACAACAACGGCCCAUUUCCAGAACCCAGAGCAGUGUUCUAUUCUGCAUGUGUCGUCCUUGGACUUCAGUAUUUACACGAACAAAAUAUCAUCCACAGGGAUCUGAAGGUUGAAAAUAUUGUUCUGGACGAGAAGGGAUUUGCAAAGAUUACUGACUACGGUCUGUCUGUAGAAGGAGUCGGAUACGGAGAUAGACUCAUCGGCCUUUGUGGAACUCCUAAUUAUAUGGCUCCUGAAAUGGCCAAGCGCAUGGCAUAUACAAGAUCUGUGGACUGGUGGAGCUUCGGAGUGGUUAUUUACGUAAUGCUAACUAGAUACUUACCCUUUGAAGGCCGUGAUGUUGAGACGUUAUAUGCUAAUAUUGCCAAACGUAAACUGAAAAUACCAGCGUCAUUGUCUAGUAAAGCCACUUCAAUACUAAGUAGGUUACUGAGUAAAAACCAUGUGAAGCGUCUGGGAUCCAGCGAGAGAGAUGCAGAGGACGUGAAAGACCAUCCUUUUUUUCAACAUAUAGAUUGGAACGCAUUGUUAUUACAAAAUGUGACACCUCCAUUUGUGCCAACCAUCAACGGAGCCGAAGACGUCAGCAACUUUGAUGCAAUAUUCACCUCGGAAGCGCCUAUUAUAACUCCACCAGUAAGACGAAGAGUUCCACCGUUAUUAGAGAAGCAGACAUUUGAGGAUUUUUGUUGGAGGGCAGAUUGGAGUUAGUCUUGGUUGUGAUCCACAAUAAGAAUUACUGGAAGGAGAAUUAACAUUAAUAUUUUUUAUCCAACGAAAAUAUUUAUUGAACACUAAAGUAAGAAUUGCAACUAAAUUUCAAAUUUAAGGUGAAAAUAGACAAAAAAGAAACAUCCUCUAAGUCAGCUAUACUUUCAGUUUGACUACUUUGGCCUUAAAUUAAAAAAAUCACUUUGAUUAUUUUUUGCAAGUAACCCUCCAAAUUGUUGA